UUUAGUUGCAAAAACAACGUAUUUGUGAGAGGACGCAGAAAUAGUGGGUGAUUGAAAAAAUGGAGGAAGAAGGCAAUGAAGUGGUGAUUGUUAAGAACGUUUACGGCGAUGUGUGCAUUAGGAAGAAAGCUAGAAGAAAACGUCAGAAAGUAUUAGUGCAAGAGCUGUUAUACGAUUAUGCGAACAAUACUACUCUGCACGGCCUUCCUUACAUCACUAGGAGAGGACUUACCAAUGUUGAGAAAGUAUUUUGGUUCAUCACAUUUAUUGCCAGUAUAGCGUUGUGCAUGUAUUUGAUCAGUAAGGUGUGGUUCAAGUGGCAGACCAGCCCUGUCAUAGUCACCUUCAGCGAACAAAUGGUUCCCGUUAGCAUGGUACCAUUUCCAUCGGUCACAUUAUGUCCACAGUCUAAAGUCAAAGUAUCAGCUUACAACUUUACCGAUGAAAAAAUAAAACUGGAUGCGUUUUUGGAGACCAAGCCAGCGAAUGAAACUCUUAAUGCUACGAUGCGAGCACGCUUCGCCAAAUUUGAUGCGCUCUUCCAAAUUUGUGAUAAAACAUUUUUAUACAACGAAUUCGAUUUGACUGAAGUCUAUCCAACUACGCGUGCAGAUGCUUCUAUGGUCAAAUAUAUGUUUGAAGCAGCUCCCAACUUUACCGACAUUUUUGAAUACUGUAAAUUUGCCGGGGAUUACGUCAGUUGUCGGGAACUUUUUGACAAAGUUCUGACGAGAGAGGGAAUUUGUUACAAUUUAAAUUCUCUAGCGGCCGAUGAAAUAUUUCGAUAUCGAAACUUACAGAGGGACUACAAAUAUUCGUACGCAACAAGGAAAAGCAAUGGAUGGUCCAUGGAGUACGGUUACGAUUUUGUAAUAAAUUCAUCAUUUUAUCCACUUCCAGGAUCGGAAGGGAUUGCCGCCCCUAUUGUAGAAGCUGUGUUAAAGUCAUCAUCACUUGAAAGAGAUCAAUUGUGCAACGUCAUCAACUCCGGUUUCAGAGUUUAUAUUCAGCACCCAUCAGAUGUGCCACAGACGUCUCUAUAUUACUAUGCUGUGUUACACAAUCAAGUGUCAUCUAUGGCAAUAAGUUUCGACGUAUUGAAUACUUCAGAAUCUUUGAGAGGUUAUGAUCCUGAAGUACGUCAGUGCUAUUUCCCGGAUGAACGGUACUUAAAAUAUUUUAAAAUCUACUCAUCCAAGAACUGCAGGAUGGAAUGUCUGGCCAAUAUAACGUUUUCACUAUGUCAAUGCGUAGAAUUCUAUAUGCCUCAUUCAAGCAGCAAUAAGAUUUGCACUGGAGAUGAUGAUGAUUGUAUUUUUCUCGCAAGAGGUGAAAUGUUGAAACAAGAAUCGAUUCAGGGUAAUUUUACAUGUCACUGUCUGCCUUCUUGCAACAGCGUCGACUAUAACGCAGAAAUUCUGAAGACAGAUUUUAAACUGAAGAAAUUCAUUAAUAUAGUUAAGAAACUUCGGAAUUAUUCUGACGACAGCUUCAACAAUAUCAAUUUGUCUAAAAUAGAGAUGUACUUCAUGAAGCCUAGGUUUCUGUCAAUGAGGCGGUCGGAGUUGUUCGGAGUCACCGACUUUCUCGCGAACUGCGGAGGUCUUUUGGGUCUAUUCUUAGGGUUCUCAUUUCUAAGCCUCGUGGAGAUCAUCUAUUUUCUUUCUUUGAGACUAUGCUGUACGCUGAAGAAGGAUCUAGAAGAAGAAAAAGCGAAAGCCAAUUUAGAACAAGAGUAUGAAAUAGAAAAAUAUUAGUUUUAUUUUCAAUGUUAACUUUUAACGUUUUAAUGUUAAACGUCACUUCAAGUUACGAUCGUCAUUAUCACAAUAAUAUUUCUUAUCGAUUUAAUUAUACAGUUUAAAGUAAUA